AUGGGAGGGCAGGGAGGGAUUGACAUGGCAGGGAGGGGUGUGGAGGAGGAGGAGGGGGAGAGUGCGGUGAGAGGGAGGAGCAAUUGGAUGGAGGAGACGGGGAAGAGCCGGGGGCAGAUGGAGGCGCGAGGCGUGACGUGUCUGUACAUCAAGCGGAGCAUCCGGCAGUUCGAGGAGAUCAGCUAUGAUGGCACCAUUAUUGUGUAUGGGGAUGUGAGUCCAGGGGCAGUGGUGAGAGCAGCAGGGGACGUCAUAGUUCUCGGGCGGCUGGCAGGCAAGGUGCAUGCGGGGAGCGGUGGAAACCGGCGCAGUGUGGUGGUGGCGCUGUGCAUGGAGCCCAGUGUGGUGGCCAUUGCCACUGAGGUGGUGCAGGGCGCACAGGGGAAGGCCGCAGGGCAUCCCGAAGUCGCUUCUAUAGAUUCAUCCGGGCAUAUAUGCAUCGAACCUGCCGGCCCCAACAGGCAGGUGCACGUGAACGGCAACGGCAGGGCGGAUCCAGUGAUGGCACACCUGGCCAGCACGCACUUGAUGGACGUCUCUUGGAAUGUCGAGCCUCCACCAGCCGCCGCUGCUGCAGCGGGGAAGAAGCUCUCUCGGACAGCUGUGGCCUCGCUGGUGACGGGGGCGUACAUCUGUGUGGCUGGCGCCAUGGCUCUCGCGUUUCCCACCUUCACGUUUGGUUUAUUGUUUGGCCGUGAUGUAUUGACACCUGGAUGGAUUCGUGUUCUAGGGACCCUUGGCAUGGUGUUUGGCAUCUACUACAUUGGCGCUGCCAGGGUUUCUGUGCUCUCGUGGCAUCUGGCGCAGUUCCAGCCAUGGUUUUGCUUGUAA